AUGCCAUCACCGCUCAAGCUCAUGACUGACCGAGCCUUUGAUGCCUUCACUCCAAAGGGCGUCGCUAUUUCCAAAAGGCAGAAGCCUGGACAGGUCUACCAGAAAGAAGAUGACCUGCCAAAAGGUCUGCCAAAAGAAGCCACAGUUCUUGGAACCAUCCAGAUCCUGUGUUUCCUGGUGAUUUCAAGUUUGGGGGUCAUUUUGGUUUAUGCUCCCAAUUCUCCCCAGCUCAGCCCAGCAAUUUCCACCAUUCUGAUGUCUGGGUACCCAUUUUUAGGAGCUCUGUGUUUUGCCAUUACUGGAACCCUCUCAAUUAUCUCUGGAAAAAAGUCAAGUGAGACUUUUGCCAUAAACAGCCUCACCUUCAGUGCAGUGAGCUCUGUGGCUGCUGGAGCGGGCUUCAUUCUCCUCACUGGCAGCCUGGUAACCCUGAGGACGGCCUCCCAGCAGUGUGACUCCGGAAGGGAUUACCUAUCCUCACUGCCUUAUUCGACCUACUAUUACUCGAUAUAUGACGUCAAGGACUGUCUCCUGACCAGUGUCGGUCUAACAGGUGUCCUGGUGGUGAUGCUCACCUUCACGGUGCUGGAGCUCUUAGCAGCUGCGUACGCAUCUGUCUUUUGGUGGAAAAGGUCUACUGCAACAGCCCUGCAUUCAUCCAGUCGAAUAGGAAGAACUGGGGCACUGGAGUCGACAUACGCGCGUUCCGACGGGUGGGCUGACUCAUCAGAACCUGCUGCGUAA